GGUUGGUGUUGUGGCGCGCAGGCGCAGAGACAGAUAUGGGGGCGGAGUGUCCGGACGCCUGGAUUAGGUGCAACCCAACCCGGCCAGUGACUGCUGCAGAAGAUGGCGGAGCUGCGCGCGCUCGUGGCUGUCAAGAGGGUCAUCGACUUCGCUGUGAAGAUUCGAGUAAAGCCCGACAAGUCUGGAGUGGUCACCGAUGGGGUGAAGCACUCCAUGAACCCCUUCUGUGAGAUUGCAGUGGAGGAGGCUGUGCGGCUGAAGGAGAAGAAGCUGGUGAAGGAGGUCAUCGCUGUCAGCUGCGGCCCCUCGCAGUGCCAGGAGACCAUCCGAACCGCUCUGGCCAUGGGUGCAGACAGAGGCAUCCACGUGGAGGUAUCAGAAAGCUUAGGCCCCCUGCAGGUGGCCCGGGUCCUGGCCAAGCUGGCUGAGAAGGAGAAGGUGGACCUUUUGUUCCUGGGCAAGCAGGCCAUCGAUGAUGACUGUAACCAAACAGGUCAGAUGACAGCUGGACUUCUGGACUGGCCACAGGGCACAUUCGCCUCUCAGGUGACACUGGAGGGGGACAAAGUAAAAGUGGAACGAGAAAUCGACGGGGGUCUGGAGACCCUACGCCUGAAGCUGCCAGCUGUGGUGACCGCUGACCUGAGGCUUAAUGAGCCUCGCUAUGCCACGCUGCCCAACAUCAUGAAAGCCAAGAAGAAGAAGAUUGAAGUGAUGAAGGCUGGAGACCUGGGUGUGGACCUGACCUCCAAGGUCUCCGUGAUCAGUGUGGAGGAGCCCCCUCAGCGCUCAGCGGGAGUCAAGGUGGAGACCACAGAGGACCUGGUGGCCAAGCUGAAGGAAGUGGGGCGGAUCUGAGACCCUCCCUGCUACUCUGCAAUAAAACUGUGCCUUUCCAAGCUGCCA